UCAUGAAAGAGUGUGAUGAGAGGCUGAAGAUGCUCCGAGCCAUCCAUCGAAGAGUCAUCAAUAGGUUCCACUCAUUUCUGUUGUACCUGGGCUACUCACGCUCUGUAGUGAGGGAAACAGAUGCAGGUAUGUUCUGCAAGACUGUUAGUGACUUUGCUCUGGAGUACAGGGCCAUCCGCCACACCAUCCUCCAGCAGAGAGGGAGGGAGCAAGAGCGUGAAAAAGAACGAGAGAUGAAAAUGGAGAGAAGUCGAGACGUUUCCACUCCCAGUGGCAAAGACCAGACUCUACAAAACCCAUGUCAGGACAGUGAGGAGCAGUCCAAGCUGGAGAAAGUGUUGCAGACUCCUGUGUCAUCCUUUCAUUUUGACAUUAGUCCCCCCCGCCGCCGCAGCAAGACACUAAACACCAGAGGUUCUCUUCAGUGAAGACUGAAGUUUUAAAAGACGCUCACACAGUCAUCAGUCUACUUCUCAUAAUCUAGACUAACACAAGUGUAUUUUCUAGCA